AUGUUGAUUUCUGUUGAUUUUAUGAACGGGAAUUUGAACAACACAUGCGGCUCCGGAGUCGGAGGCUGCAUCGCAUCAGAAACCUUCCCUGGCCCGGAUACUUUGACCACACCGCAUUAUUUAUUUACUUCAGCUAGUCUUCUCCUGCUCUGCGAAAGGUGGUCAACAACGAACUCUUCAGAACUAUCGCGCUCAUCGACCGGAAUCGAACCUACUCGCUGCACAAUGAACUCAACCUCUCCGGUACCCAGCGGGGAUCACGCUUUUCCUUCUGGCCAGCAGUCACUCACCACUGAUGGAAAGCCUUGGAGCCAACGAACCUGGUCUUAUCAAUUCAUACCAUGCAGAGGAAUUUAUUUUGAUUUGAAACGCCGAAUUCCUUUGUAUUCCUGUGAGGAAUCUCUCUGCUUUUCUUGCCUUUUCGCACAAUAG